UUACAAACUUGACUUCACCAAACUCGAGCAUAAAGAACUAAACAAGUCCCCGGCCAUAGGAAAUGCGGAGUAUAAUCCUCUAGCGGGCUCUUCACGUCAACCCAAGUUAACAUUAAAUGGAGGGUCUGAUUCCAUUUGUUUACCGGAGUAUCAAGAGAAGCAUAACUCGCCGGCGGUACGAGUGCCUCUCCUCCGGGACGGCGGCGGCUGGCACCUUCAACAUACCACCACACUUCUAUCCUAGUAACUCUAAUGUUGGUGAUGAUGCUGACGACCACUUCAUCGUGGCAGCUAGUACUGACGGGAGGAGGAGACACGGCGGCCGGAAAAUGAACUAUUCCGGUGGGUUUUCGCCGGAGUGUGAAGCCGGAGUUGCUUCUUCUAAGUCCAAACGACUCGGGAAAUUCAAGAGUCACAGGAUGUUCUGUUGUGUGACCGGAUUCUAAGAGGGGAAAGCAACAACUCUGUAUCUAUCAUUAACAAACAUGUACAGUUCGUUCUUGAUUGGUUUUACAAAUAAUUUAUUUUCAUUUUUUUUAUUUUGAUCAUGUAAUUGAAUAUGUAUGAAUUGUAUGAUCAUAUAACAUUCUCAUAUUUAGUAAGUCAAAUAUGUAUACUCCUAAAUAAUUUUGGUCCCUAAUAGUUGUAUGUAUUAUAUUGUUCAGAUCAAAACUUAAAUCAAGUUAGCUCAUUAGCUUGUCAUAUA